GUCUGUUCUGCACUUAGCCUCACCCUUACUACUGCGCCGGGAGGUCAGUCGGAAGCCUCGGGCGCUGGGAGAGGGGGCACCCCGCCGUCGGGACCCGGCGGCCGAGGAGGGGCAGCCGGGGGAGGCUGCGAAGGCUGAGAGCGUCCCCGCCACCGCCCAGCUCCCCGGACUAGGAGCAGCCCAGAAUGGGGACGGAGAGGGGCAGCUCAGAGCCCGGCUGCCGGGAGCAGUUCCACGCCGCCGUUACGGUCAUCCAGAGUUUGCCCAAGAACGGUUCCUAUCGCCCAUCCUACGAGGAGAUGUUGCGUUUCUACAGCUACUACAAGCAGGCCACCCAGGGACCCUGCCGCGUGCCCAGGCCUGGCUUCUGGGACCCCAUCGGCCGCUAUAAAUGGGAUGCUUGGCACAGUUUGGGCAGGAUGAGCCAGGAGGAAGCAAUGGCAGCUUACAUUACAGAAAUGAAGGUGGUGGCCCAGAAGGUGAUCGAUACCGUUCCCUUGGGUGAGGUGGACGAUGGCAUGUUUGACUAUUUCGUGCCCUUGUACGAGAUGAUCCCUGACAUGCCUCAGCCCCCAGAGACCUUCUUGAAGAAACUCACAGCUCAGAAGGAAAAGAUGCCAAAUGGGGAUGUAAGAAAUGCUCUUGAGCCUCUACCACCUCCUGAGGAGUCAGUCCCCCAGACUUCAGAAGCACAACCACCCAGUGUUCCCAGUAUCCGUGGGAGAGCUUCCAUGGAUCUAGAUGCUGAGGUUUUCUGUGAUUCCUUGGAACAGCUAGAGCCUGAGCAGGGUGAGUGGCUGCAGAAGGAGCUGAAGGAAGCUCUUGAAGGAGAGACCGACAUCAGCAGUGACCACUUGCUUCCAAGACAGAGAGAGAUGGUGGGAGGGGCUCCUCAAGGGCCCCAGGAGUUUGAGGCCUGGCUGGCCAGCACGGUUCGAGCUCUGCAGGAGAGCAUGCAAGAUGUCCAGGGGAGGCUGAGAAGCCUGGAGAACCUGCCCCACCUCACCCAGAUGCCCCCAUCCCAGCAGGGGCGCCGGGCCUUGGAGCUCUCUCUACCCACGAUCCUCCUUCUAUUCCUGUGGCCUUUCGUGGUACAGUGGUGCUACCGCCAGUUUCGGAGGCAGAAGAGAUGAUUGGCCCCUAGGGGACACUGCUGUCUCCGGAGAUUGAGGGAGGAGGACAACUCCUCUUUGCCAACGGUUCCCCCCCCCCCCCCCCCCCAGUCUUCCACUCUGCACCUGAGCCUUCCUGGGGAAGCAGGGAGGCUUGGACCUCACCAGCUCGCCUCCUUUUCCUCACCUGUCAAAUAAGAGGGUUGGACGGGAUCUCUUAGGGUCCUUUCUGAGCCCUAAUAUUCUUUAGUCUGAGCUAUGUCACUAAGUAGUGUGAUUCUAGGUAGGUCGUACCCCCUCCUUUGGGCCUGUCUCUUCACCUGGAACAUUUCCAGGUGAGACUGGCUCUUAGGUGCUUUCUACAGCCGACAGUCUGGUAUUCCAUGACCGGUCAGUAUUUGCUGGAGAGGUGGGCGCUGGAUGGAGUAGGUUCGGCCCUUCUCGGUGACCCUCUGCCGAGCUGCCGCCAAAUGAUUGGUUUUCUCGGACCGCUCGGGGAUUCAGGACGCCCAGGAUGCCCGGACACCACCAGCACCGGAUGGCUCCUGCUGCGUUCCGCCCUCCCCCACAGCCCUCGGGCCACUUGCCUGCCGUUCCCCUCCCCCGUGCCAGGCCCUCCCAGAGGUGCCUCAGCUCAGACAGGUUGAGGCAGGGGCCUGGGCGGCUAUGCUGUUUGGAAGGAGGGAAAAGUUGAAUUGAUGCGAGGAGGCUUUUUCCCAGCCGCGUUACCAGACGCAGCUGAGAGGCCGUAAAGAUAGACAAAGAUAAUUGACAUUUCUAUGUACAUAGGAAGGAGAAGGAGAGUCGUAGGGGGAGGCACCAACUUGCUUUUGGUCAUGUUUUCCUUCACCCUUUGGAUUUAUACUCAGGUUUUCAUCCGCUCAGAAGAUCCUUAAGUAUUAAAAUAAAUAAAACUUUCAGCUCUGGAGAGGUUCCAU